GUUCUAAUUUACUUGCAGAAACAAACAGUCCGCGUUUUCUACGAUCUUGAACCAGACGGCCAAUCUUUGUUUGAGGAAAUCAUGAAAAGCGAUACGGAAACUCUAACGCACUUUCGAGAAAUAGUCGAUAGAAAUGCUACUAAGAACGGGUAUGUUUUACCAAGUUAUUUUACUUAUAGUGAAGUUUCCCACCUACCAACAACACCAAACAACAAAAUUGCCAAAAUACGAGCAGAAAAUGAUUCUCCUGAAAAUCGCCUGCUUGAAUUCGAGCAGCCACUGGAAAAUCAAAUAAUCCACAUUGAUCCUACACGACCUGACCCAGCCAAUCUCCGCCUUAUAUGCCACUUGACUCAAGUCGAGCGACGUGCCCAGGUCACGUGGUCAUACAACGGCACCCCUAAACUCCCCCUGGCCCAAUUUAACACCUUUUUUGAUGGAAAAUCAGCUCGACUCAAUGCGAAAGGACUCAAACCGGAGUAUUCAGGUAGUUAUGCCUGUGAAAUACGUUCUCCCUGCGGAUCAUCAACUGCUUACACCCAGUGCGAAGUCAAAAUUGUCACAAUAGGACAAACAGCCAACACUUCUAAUCAUCCCGCUUCACCAUACUCAGCCCCACACAACGACAGAGCACAAAAUCAUGAUUACGUAUAUCCUCAAGGAAACCGGCAUGAAUAUGUUCCACCAGGGAUGAUUCCUGUGAGAUCCAUGGUUCGUGCUGAAUCCCUCAGAGUGAGUACAGUACCACCUCAAACACCACCUCCUCCACCACCACCCUUGCCAUCUCUGCCACCUCAUUUACCCACUCCACCACCUCCCACUAAUCUUCCUCCACCACCCCGGUUAUCAAGGCGACAAACGGAGGAGACAACCACUGACUGCGAUGAAGACACACUGCCGACUGAUAACUAUUCAGUGAGAGCUAAUGCUUCGAGAAAUACAUCUGUCGGACAGACUCAUUGUUAUCAAUCUCUCCCAACUCACCAUGAAUGCAUACAUCUAACUCCAGGGGAGUAUGUUGAAAUGCGUACCCUUAGCGAUAUCCCAGGUCACAGAGAAGAUGAUGAAUUUGACGAUAUAGAGGCUGUCUAUGAAUAUCUCAUACGUCCGAGAAGUCAGAGCCGUAGAAGAACUCGUUCUUGGAGGCAUCCCGUCUCCACAUACAGUGAACCUCGAGUCAUUAUGAUCAAUGCAACUCCUCAGCAUGAAAACGGAUGUCAGAGCUGCUGUUGUUCGUGUCAUCGAAGUAGAUGCAUGUAUACAACACCUAACAAUGGAUAUUCUCGUGAUCAUGAAGCUCCUCGAAACAAGAAUGUGUCGCCUAAGCGUAGUGCCAAGCGCAUUUCCUUCAACCCUAAUCCAGAGCUUUGUAACAGUGAACAGCCAGUUUGUGAGAGUCAAAGGCCUGUUUCCAUGUGUAUCCCAGAUAGAAUAUCCAACGAAACCGAAGAAACUUCAAAUAAAUUUCCACAACAACCUCAAACUAUAUCCUGUUCGCGCAUAACCCAACAUGCAACUAUUAAAGCUUCACCAAACAAAAGACCAGAUGCAUCGUGGUCCUCUGGACCAGAUAAAAAUCUCCCUAGAGAUAGUGAAAUUCAGACGCCUGAAGCAGCCGCAGCUGCCAAAGCUGUGAUCAAGAAGGUACUCGAAUCAAGAAUGGCUGGUAGUGAAACUAUUAUUAGUUCGACAAAGACCAAGAAACCUAUUCCAAAGCCUUUACCUAAGAAAAUUGAACCUAUCGUACCAGUUCCGCAACCAAAACCAAUGCAAAGUGUGACUCCGGUUGAGGAGAAGAUUCCAGACCCCGUGAUGCCUCCUGUUAUACACCAGGCGAACCAAAAUGCGAAUAAACCAUCAAAUGACGUUGACGAAAAGGCAGCUAAGAAGCGUUUCAUGAAUGCGUUAGCACGUUUUCAAACAUCAACGUCCAAAAAUUCAGAAAUGGAUUCCAAUAAAGUGUCAAACGGAUAUGGCAAUGUUCGUGAACCACAACCACCAUUAAGGUAUUCAGAAGAGGUCGUUAAUCAAACGGAAAAGCCACCAGCUCAAUCCUGGGGACGGCGUUCAUUUGGCAAUGCCAAAACCUUUCUACAGACCACACAAGUAUAUAACAUCAGCAUAGACAGUCACGAAAAUUUGCAGCGACAGCAAAUUCCUCAUCAAGCUGAAAACACCCAAGAUGAAAGGACUGUACCCCAAAAGGAGCACCAAAUCCGAGAAAAUUCUCACAAUGUUACGCAGAUUCACCGAAAUUUAAGUGUCAAUCACAAUGAAAUACGGUUUAAAAAAGCGCCAGGUUGGCGAGCAAAGUCCAACGGAAGCCUAAAUUCUAUUUCCAAUUCGCUGAGUGAAGGUGCUCCAAUAAUUAAAAGUGGCUUCAGUCGCAGAGAUCCCUCCAUGGUACCAUUCCAACAAACUGCUCUUAGUCAACCUUCCAAUAGGCCUCAGGAAGGUAAAGGCUAUCCAGAUGAUAAUUACUACAAAGUUAUUAUGCUUGUAACAACUUUUUCCUCUAAAUUUGAAUUCAAAUCCCCGGUUUUAGAAGGUGAAGGAACUUACGCCUCAGUCGGUGUCUCGGAACCAAUCGAAGCUACAAUGGAAGGCUAUAAUAAUAAUAAUAAUAAGGCUGAACCUGAUGUAUCAGGUCAAAAUCAAGUGAAAAGAACUUAUGGUAAAACAGUCACUGCCUCCAAUCCAAUAGCCGUCUAUUCAGAGCGAUUCGGUCCCAGACAAUCAGCUAACAAUGAUACUCAUUCAAAGUGGCAGCAGCAGAGGAAUAAGAUUUUCCGCAAUGUCAGCAGGGUUCGGUCUCCUAGCUUUUCAAAGAGGUUUUCAAGACGAGAAGAAAAAAAUUUCAGUGAGGCUAUAUCUUACCCUGAAGAAGAUGAGACCGUGGAAAAUGGAAAUUCUUCAAAUUUACAAGCAAAGAACCCGACGCCAUUUUCUUCCCCCAAUGAAAUUCGAUCAGCAACUCAUGGCAUUCCUUUUCCAGAUGAAGGUGGGUUUACGACUACAGACCCAGUUGCAUUUCUGAAUGACUAUUUCCGGGUGUCGUGGUAA